ACUCUGGGGGCAGGAGGGCAACGGCCCCAAGAAAUCUCUCCGGCGAUGGGAGCCGCCCGUCUGUCCACCCUCACUCUGUGUCUGCAGCUGCUGAUUCUCUGCUGUCAAACUCAGGGGGAGAAUCACCCGUCUCCUAAUUUUAACCAGUACGUGAGGGACCAGGGCGCCAUGACCGACCAGCUGAGCCGGCGGCAGAUCCGCGAGUACCAGCUCUACAGCAGGACCAGCGGCAAGCACGUGCAGGUCACCGGGCGUCGCAUCUCCGCCACCGCAGAGGACGGCAACAAGUUUGCCAAGCUCAUAGUGGAGACGGACACGUUUGGAAGCCGGGUGCGCAUCAAGGGGGCCGAGAGCGAGAAAUACAUCUGCAUGAACAAGAGGGGCAAGCUCAUCGGCAAGCCCAGUGGGAAGAGCAAAGACUGCGUGUUCACAGAGAUCGUCCUAGAGAACAACUACACGGCCUUCCAGAAUGCCCGGCACGAGGGCUGGUUCAUGGCGUUCACGCGUCAGGGCCGGCCCCGCCAGGCCUCCCGUAGCCGCCAGAACCAGCGAGAGGCUCACUUCAUCAAGCGCCUCUACCAGGGCCAGCUGCCCUUCCCCAACCACGCGGAGAGGCAGAAGCAGUUCGAGUUUGUGGGCUCAGCCCCCACCCGCCGGACCAAGCGCACUCGGAGGCCUCAGCCCCUGACGUAGUCAGGGACCCCGGGGGCAGUCGCCCCUCACUGGCCUUCCCACUCCCUUCCCUU